AUGAGCGACAGGAGAAUCAUCGUCUCCAUAGACUUUGGGACGACCUACUCAGGCGUCGCUUGGGCCGAGACCAGCCGGCCCGACGUGCAGCAUGUGAUUUCAAACUGGCCAUCAGUCAACUCUUUCAAGAGCAGUCCCAAGGUCCCGACCGAGUUGCGCAAAGUGGCGUCGGGCUGGCAAUGGGGCUUCCAGAUCCCCGAGAUCGCUAAGCGAUAUCGAUUCUUUAAACUGAAGCUAGACGAGCCGGGGAGAACAAGCAAAGACAGUGAGUCGCCUCAGGAACUCACCAAAAUCUUCUUGUCAUGUCUCCACACACACUUCAUCGGCGUUUUGGAGAAGCGCCUGUCGCCCAGCGUGGUACACUCGACGCCCAUGGACUUUGUCGUCACGGUGCCUGCCAUAUGGUCCAAUGCUGCAAAGCAGGCAACCGAGAGAGCCGCUGCCAUGGCAGGCUUCUGCGGGAACCAGAGGAUUCAGCUCAUAUCAGAACCGGAAGCGGCGGCACUCUACACCCUCAAGCAUCUCAGCCCGUCGAUCCUGCAGCCCGGCCGAAAGUUUGUCGUCUGCGACGCCGGUGGUGGGACCGUAGACCUCAUCACGUAUGAAGUGACCAGAGUCGACAAGCUGGAGGUCAAGGAAGUGACCGCGGGCACGGGCGGUAAGUGCGGUUCUUCGAUGCUCAACAAGCGAUUCCGGCGAUACUUGAAGCAAACGCACGGGGACAAGUACUGGGUGGAUGAGCCGUUGGUCAUUGCACUGAACGAGUUCGAAUCGUUCAAAAAAGACUUUUCUCCAAAGGGCGAGCCACUCACGAUACGGGUCGAUGAAAGCCUUGGACUGAAGCGCAAUCGAUUCACAAUACCGCAAGAAGAGAUGACCGGUCGCAUCUUUGACCCCAUCAUGAAGGACGUCGUCUGCCUCGUCCGAGAGCAGAUAGCCAUGGCAGGCAACGACAUCGCGGCGGUGGUCCUCGUUGGAGGCUUCGGACAGAGUCGAUAUCUUCGGUCCCAGGUUCGAGACGCCGUACCAGCCGGCAUCAAGGUCCUCCAGCCUGAAAAUGGCUGGAUCGCCGUCGUCAAGGGCGCCGCCAUCUACGGGCUAGGUCAGUACCAGCCAAUGCUGGCCGAGGUGGAGGUCUCAUCUCGAGUUGCGAGGAGAUCGUACGGCACGUGCUUGCUCGCAAAGUAUGACAUGAUGACACACGAUCCAAAGGAAGCCUUCUGGUCCGAAAAGGAGGGAGAGAUGGUCACCACGGAAAUGUGCUGGUUCAUCCAAAAGGGCCAGUCCUACCCGGAAGGCAAGCCGUCCAUCAUCGAGUACCAAUGCGACAUCCCAGUGGGCACGGGCCAUGUGCCUCAGACGGAGAUUGAGAUUUUCAGCAACGACGAGGACAAGACGCCGCCGGUCCACGUCGAUGCCAAUACACGAUGCGUGGCAACCUUGUCCCUCGACUUAGAGAAGAUCCCAAAGACGGCAAAACUGGCCGCCGGGAAGACGAGGAUGGGCUGGCACCGCUAUUACUGCUUGAGCGGCGUCAUCGAGGCUAGCUAUGGGUCAGCCAUGAUAACGUACACGGUCAAGCUGGGAGGGGUGACACACGAUGCCAUCACCGUGAGCCUCCAUCUUAUGUCUCCGACGGCAGCCAACGAUGCCGAAAGGACAAUGGCUGAGAGCUUGCGCGGCAAGGCAGCAACGCCUGGCCUCGCCGGGAUGGCGGGCGACCCAGCGGACGGUGUGCCGCCGUCAACCCUAGCCGCGCAACUGGUCGAGAACAUCUCCACCUCGACCAAAUCCUCCCGAUCGGACGAGAGUAGCGAACUCAAGAGACUCUUCGCCAUCAUACAACGUGUUAAGGACAACCCCGGUCUUUUAAAUUCGCACCGCGAACGAGUCGAGCAUAACCACAUGCUCAUUUACGUAUACUGCCGCGUUGCUCUCGAAGGAAUCAAGCUGGACGAUCCAUUCAUUGACCGGUCACACGUGCACUCGGAGCUGCUCAAAGCCGUCAAGUUCUUGAGGUUCUCGGUCAAAGAAACACCGGUUGUGCUCGCGUCCGUGGAUCAUGGCCGAGAUUUUCUGCACAGAGGACAGGAGCCGCUGUGGACCUGGCUGCUCCCACAUCUCCUCCGGAUCCUCGGCCAUGACAAAUGUACCGAACUCGAGGGGCCGAUCGAGAGUCUCUUGCAAUACAUCCUGCUGGUUGUUUUCCGCACAAAUGCUCUCUGGGGGCUGAGAGCUUCGUUGAGUCUUUACCUGCGAGCAUGCCUUACGGGCCUGUUGGACCACCUCCAAGAUCCGUCGCUCGUGCUGUCGAAUGCAAAGGCCCCCAUCAGCCUUCAACUCCCGCCAACGUUUGCGCUUGAUCAAGUUUUAGGAGAUACUCGACCGCAGAACACUCAACGAUCCUUAUAUGCCAUUGUUUCCGCCUCCCAAGCCAUUCGGCAGGCUUUGGGCCUGGCAAGGGUGCUUGCUUAUCCUUUUAUAUCUCAAGACUCUUUGUUUUCUUGCACCUCGUCGCUGUCGCAAAAUGGACCGCUGAUGAUGGACUCUUGGCUGGAUCUGAGACAUGUGCAAAAGAGAUGGGAUGCGAGCGUGGAGGGCUCCCCCGUAGCUGUUAUGGAAACAGCAUUGAAUGUUGCCAAAUGCUCCACGGUCGAUGCUGACCUGCCGUCAUCACUCAAGAGCAAAGCAAACGCCCUACUUGUUCUCCUCUGCAGCGAGAUGAUCUCGUGCCCUGGUGCCUUGGUGGAGCCAGACCCAACUGGCGAGCAAUCACGAGUGACCUUUUGCAAGGCCCUUCUUACUAUCUCAGAAGCAUCAAUGCGGUCGUACGCCAUUGGGAGGUUGGCCUCAUCAAAGCUUGCUCAAGAGCUGGCAUUGCUGUCGACGCAGUACCCGUCAAUCGGAGAAGACACUGACGUUUGGAGAUGUACGAGAUUGCUUCGACAAGCGAUAUAUGCGCCGGCUGGAAGUGCUCCGGACGAGAGCAUCCACCCGUCCAGGUUUCAACACAAUGAGAUCCGUGAAUGCGUCGAGGGCCUGAAUCUUGCUCGUGAACAGCCGGUUCAUGCCACGGCGGGCACGAAAAGGAGAAAAACCUCGGGUGAAGAGGUUGAUACGCUCCCUUUGUUGACGCAAGCUAUAUUCGAAACACUGCAAGUUGAGCCGUCAGGCGACAAGGAUGUCGUAGCGUUUGAGCAAUUAUUUCUGGUUGGCUUUGAAAAGAGCCCCGAGGGAAGCCAAUGUCUUUCCAUCGAGUUACUGUCCAGAAUCUGCUGUGUCGCAGACGGCCUCAUUUCCACGCCAGAGUCUGCUACCCCCGCAGUAGAGACACGAUGUGCGAUCUGCGAUGGAGUGGACGGCAUCAACGGACCAGUAGCCUCUCACGCGGCGAAAAGCGAGGCUCGACUGAUCUUCUCAAAACUCGUCAAUCUACCCAAGUUUCUUGAGUCCAGGCGUCCGAGGGUGACUGCCAUGAUGGCGCUGAGGAGAUUAGUGCAUCACUGCGAAGACCGUGGCUUCCUGGAUCUCGACAAGUCAGAACCCGCAGACGUUGCAGUAUUGACCCCUGGGCGCUGGUGCCUCCAGUCACUCAUCAACAGCUCCGUACGAGAACUUCGCGUCGCGGCCGGAAGAACACUAGCUACAUUCAUGCCGCAACGACCGAUCCGCGGCCUGGACCAGGACUUGCUCUACCGAAACCGCAAAUAUUCCAUCACCGUUCUCAAGGAAACCUCGGAAAACGAUCAACCGCAUCUUAUUGAGACCCGAAUCUUGGCUUGGGGACAGCUGGGUCGAGUGGUGACCGAGGACGAGCUCAACCUGGUUCUGAUCAAGCUCCUUGAGUACCUAGGCAGCAACAACAGCAUUGUCUCGGCAUUUGCAUUCAACGAGCUUCUCAAUCUUGCAGAGUCUCGUUCCAGGUCUCCCAGGCGCCUCUUUGAGCCGUUUUGGAAGAAUCUGGCAUACAUGGUCACCAAAGACAUGGUUCACCGUCCUCAGCGAAGCCGGGCAAUUGCUGAACUGCUUCAAAUCACCGUGAAUGAGCUUCUCCUGCUUAUACAAUCGCACGCACUUCCGUGGCUGGUGCUCGAGAAUCGGCAAGAUGUCAUUCAGAAGAUAGCCGAGGCCCGUCAGGAAAAAGAACCCUGGCAUGCGUUGACGGACGGCCCGAAUCUGGCGACCAUUUUGGCACUGCUGCUGGUGCAAGACGCAGACAACAUGGCCAACUUUACCAAAUCCCAUCUGGACGCAGUGUCUCCUCACUUUCACCGGCUUACACUCCUGGAUCUCUUUCAGUCGGAACCGGUGUUGACCGCUCUGGAGCUUUUGAAGGCGGCGACGAGCGCCGAUGCGGUACGACAGCAAGUGCAGAUCCAUAAAGCCCUACAUCUGGUGGCGACGACACUCCUGAGCGCCAACAAAGAUGCAAAGCUCAGAAAGAGCAACGUGAUCGGGCAGUUUCUUCAGUCUCACGUGCUAGGGCUCAUGGCACGACUGACUGACGUGAUUAAUGAUUCUGUGUCAAUACACCCGCCAAUCCUCGAACAGCGGAGCUGCAUCCGUACAUUGGAGGAGAUGAUCAAGUACAGCAAGAGUUACGCAAGGGUUGCCAGGCCUCAGAUAUCAGCAUGUCUGCUUUCCGCCAUUUCCCAGGAUGCUUUGCGCGAGGCGAGCUUCUCAUGCUGGGUUGCAAUGCUCACCAAUCUUGAGGAGGAGGAUGUCGAGGCGCUCAUCGAAGCGACAUUCUUCAUCAUCAACCGUUACUGGGCUGCUUUCAACGCCUCCACUGCCCGUGCCGCAACAGAAAUGCUCAACUUUCUCUUGGGGAAGCACGAGGCAAUGGUCAUGACAUACAUCAGCAAACUCCCUUCGCUUUCACACAUCGCCGGGCUUGCCGAUGUUGAGUCUAGGUUGUCGGCGAUGCGGCCCGCGUUGGCCACAGACGAAGCUCUGCAUGUCUUUUCGGAGCGAGUUGCUCACGACAACUCGGGCGUCGUCCACCAAGCGUUGACCGAGCUCGCACCCUAUCUUCGAGACAACCAAAGCGCCCUCUAUACAUCUGCCGUGAGCCAGCGCCCGGACAGUGCCAUCACCUACAUUCUGAGGGCUCUCCUGGAUUGUGCAUGCAAGUACAACGGAGUCCAAUUGGACAUAGCGCGACUUUGUGUCGAGUGCAUCGGGCUCAUCGGCUGCCUCGACUCGAACCGUAUCGAAACCGUCCGAGAGCAGCGGUCGAUUGUCGCCCUGAGCAAUUUUGAGGGAGUCGGAGAAACAACUGAUUUUGGACUGUUCCUUCUACAAGAGGUUCUUGUCCCGUCUUUUCUAUCUGCGACCGACACCAAGCUCCAAGGAUUUCUCUCGUUUGCGAUCCAGGAAAUCCUCGUCCGGUGUGACAUCAGAGCUGCUUGUGCCAUGCAGAACACCGGCAUGCUGGGUGGCAACGACAUCUACAGAAAAUGGAUUGCGUUGCCAGAGACCGUGCGGGAUGUGGUCACACCGUUUCUGACUUCACGAUAUGUGGUGGCCCCGAUGGCACCGGUGACGGUGGAGUAUCCCGUCUUCCACCCAGGAAAACCAUACGUCAACUGGCUCCGACCUUUCAUCGUGGACCUGCUCCAGCACGGGCAAAACGAACAGGCCGACACGAUUUUUGAGCCUCUGACUCGCGUCAUCCGUGUCAAGGAUCUGUCCACCGCAGAGUUCCUGCUCCCGUAUCUGGUGCUACACGUUCUGCUCGGCCCCCGGAGCACACAGCAAGAAAGAAACCAUGUGGUGGGCGAACUGAUGGGUGUUCUCAGUCAUCGCCCGGCAGCGAGCGCCUCCUAUGUAGAGAAGGAGGAAAUGAAAAAAUACUGCCACGCUGUUUUCCGGGUGCUCGACUAUGCAAUGAGAUGGAUCCAGGCCAAGCGAUCCGCGGGUCGCUUGACGGCUACCGAGAAGGAGAGCGUGUCUCGAAUACAGAAAAUUCUAGACGAGAUUCCCGCCGAGCUGAUAUCCCAGCGGGCCGUAGACUGCAACGAAUACGCGCGAGCUCUUUUCCACUUGGAACAGCACGCCCAGAAGCUUGAGCAAAGCAAGAAUGAACCGGGCGACCGAACUCGUUUACUUGAGCAGCUGCAAGAUAUUUACGCCAACAUCGACGAACCGGAUGGGCUGGAAGGCAUUUCAUCUCACAUGCACGCUCUAGACAUUAACCAGCAAAUUUUGAGCCACAAGAAAGCCGGACGAUGGACAGCAGCACAGACGUGGUACGAGAUUCAGCUGGCCGAGAAGCCAGACAACGUAGACGUGCACCUAGAACUGUUGCAUUGUCUGAAGCAAGCCGGGCAGCAUGAUGCGCUGCUUAACCAUGUCGAAGGUAUACGAACGGAAAUCUCGACUCACAUCAAGAUGAUGCCAUUUGCCGUAGAAGCUGCGUGGGUCACUGGCCGAUGGGAGAGCCUGGCCAAGUUCACAAGCCGGUUUCAUGGGGAUGUCGUUCAAGACUUCAACAUCUCGGUAGCGGCCUUGUUUGACUCGCUGUAUAAGAAGUGCACGCCCGAGUCCUUUUCGAGGACAAUCCGAAGCAUCAGGGAGAAAAUUGCGUCGGAGAUGACUUCCUCAGCCACCAGUUCCUUGCAAGCUGCCCAUGAGCUUCUCCUCAAGUGCCAUGCCCUGACGGACUUGGAGAUCAUUGUCGGCUCCGAGACUGGAGAAGAGGAGGAGCGCAGGAAGACCAUGGCACUCCUGGGCGGUCGUUUUGAGCUCAUCGGGGCCUACUACCACGACAAACAAUAUCUCCUCGGCAUUAGACGAGCUGCCAUGGAGCUGACAAGGCCAAGCUUUGCCGAUACAGACAUCUCCUCUCUUUGGCUCGCGAGCGCUCGACUGGCUCGAAAGACCGAUUCCCUGCACCAGUCCUUCAAUGCAGUUCUCCACGCCUCACGACUCGGGGACGACGCAGCGACUAUUGAGAACGCAAAGCUUCUCUGGAGAGACAAUCAUCACCGAAAAGCCAUUCAAAUGCUUCAAGGCGCCAUCGAACGGAACAAGUUCAUGACCCAGACAGGGUCGUCUGUGAGCACCGGGCCGACGAAGUUGAACGCGCAGCAGAAGCUAGUGGUCGCUAGGGCCCAGCUCCUGCUCGCCAAAUGGCUCGACGCCGCGGGACAAUCGCAUGCUGGGGCUCUGCGAGAAAAGUACCAGCAGCCGCCCAAGACUUACUCGACAUGGGAGAAGGGCCACUACUACCUCGGACGACACUACAAGAAGAUACUAGAAUCAGAGCAGCCACUCAAGGCUGACGAUCAGAGCGACAACUAUGUCACAGGCGAGAUUGCCAGGCUCGUCAUCGAGAACUACGUCAGGUCAUUGAACUCUGGGACCAAGUACCUGUACCAGACGCUGCCGAGGAUCCUGACUCUGUGGCUGGACCUCGGCGCGCAGGUCGACAAGCCGCCAGAAGGGAAGGUGUCAUUAUCCCGGGAGCUUCACCGGCGGCGAAUCGAGCAGCUCAAUCUCCUGCAUGCCUUCUUGGACAAGUACAUCCACCGUCUCCCGGCGUACAUCUUCUACACCGCCCUGCCACAGAUUGUGGCUCGCAUCGCUCAUCCCAAUUCGAACGUUUUUGAUCGCCUGACGCACAUUAUUGUGAAAGUGGUCGAGGCACACCCCCGGCAAGCCCUGUGGAGUCUCAUUGGAAUCAUGACGUCGAGGCAAAUGUCUGAACGAAAAGCCCGCGGAACACAGAUUUUGCAGGCACUGAGGAGCGUAUCCAGGAAAGUGGAUGGCACGGCCUUUGACCUGAAGCAGCUUCUCCGAGCCGGGGAAAAACUGUCAGAGCAGCUCCUGCUCGCGUGUCACAACGGCGAGUUCCCCGGCAACAAAUCGUGCACCCCUUGUCCGCUGGCCGUGCCUGUGGAGAGCUCGCUGAUGGCGACGCUGCCGGCCGUGUCGGAGCAUGUGAAGAGGCACAAGGCAUUCUCCCGAGACGUCGUGACGAUUGACUGCUUCUUGGACGACGUGCUGGUGCUGAGCUCUCUUGCCAAACCGAGACGGCUGACGGCUCGAGGGAGCGAUGGCAAGAGCUACAUGCUCCUGAUCAAGCCCAAGGAUGACCUUCGCACUGAUCAACGUCUCAUGGAGUUCAACGGGAUUAUCAACCGGUCGUUGAAGCGCGAUGCCGAGUCGAGUCGCAGACAGCUGUACAUUCGUACCUAUGCCGUGGUUCCGCUGAACGAGGAGUGCGGCAUCAUCGAGUGGGUUCCAGGGAUCAGGACAAUGCGAGACAUUCUCCUAAAUCUGUACGCGUCGCGCAAGAUUCAGCCAGACUAUCCCGCGCUCAGGACGCUGAUGGACGAGGCGUCGACGUCUGAGAGCAAGAUCCGCCUCUUUACUGAAGACGUUUUGGGGCGUUUCCCACCGGUGCUGCCGGUGUGGUUCAUCCAACAGUUUCCAAGCCCGUCAUCCUGGCUGAGUGCGCGGCUGAGAUACACGCGGUCGUGCGCCGUCAUGUCCAUGGUGGGCACGAUGCUUGGGCUGGGCGAUCGGCACGGCGAGAACGUCAACCUCGAGGAAGGCAACGGCGGGGUGUUUCACGUCGACUUCAACUGUCUAUUCGACAAGGGCCUCACGUUUCUGAAGCCAGAGCGGGUGCCGUUUCGGCUCACGCACAACAUGGUGGCGGCCAUGGGCAUCUACGGCUACGAGGGGCCUUUUCGGAAGUCUUCGGAGCUCACAUUGAGCAUUCUCAGACAGCAGGAGGAGACGCUGAUGACAAUCCUCGAGGCUUUUAUCUACGACCCGACGCUAGACUUGCAAAAGGAGAAGCGCAGCUCGAGACGCGGGGACUCCGGGGUGAAGCUGCAGCCGCAAAGCGUCGUGGACAGCAUCAAGAGAAAGGUCAAGGGCCUGCUGCCCAACGAGAGCAUUCCGCUGAGCGUGGAGGGUCAGGUGGAGGAGCUGAUCAAGCAAGCGGUCGAUCCGCGGAACCUGACGGCCAUGUAUAUUGGAUGGUGCCCGUUUCUGUGA